AUGGAGUCCCUUUUUCCGCCUAGGCCCAAAGUGAAGGAUGAGCGCCUACCACCACUUCAGCACAAGGGACAAGAGGUGCGGUGGGCGCAAGAGGCAUGUGCAGCGUUAGUCUCUGAGCUAGUGGCUGCCCCGCACUUGCCUAGCCUGGCAACGAUGCGACCAGGGUCGAAAUUACCCUCAUUGGAAGCUACUGAGGCAGAGGACUCUGAUGGCCGUGCAUGGAGUGAACACUCCUUGGGGGCUACGGCCAUGGAGUCGGAGCUUCAACAGAUUGCUGCCCAGCGGGAGAAACUAGGCGACACGCUAUCGACACAGGAGGUCUUGGCUCAACAGGUGAACGGCGACCAGGGCGGUGCUGUCCCUGAAGUACAGGCAGAGUGA